AUGUUUCAAAAUAAUUAUAAUAAUAAUACCAAUUAUAAUAAUAAUAAUUUUAAAUUAAAUGAUGGAAAUCAAAUACCAUCAAUUGGUCUUGGGACAUAUUAUAGUGAAAAUCCUGGUGAAGUUGGGGAUGCUAUUAACAAUGCUUUAAAAAAUGGAUAUAGACAUAUUGAUGGUGCUGCAUUUUAUGGUAAUGAAAAAGUGAUUGGAAAUUCUUUAAAAGAGAUCUUUAAAGAGGGUGAAAUUAAAAGAGAAGAUAUAUUUUAUACAAGUAAACUUUGGAAUUCAUGUCAUAAUUCAAACUUGGUUGUUAAACAUUGUGUAAAGACAAUUGAGGAUUUAGGAAUUGGUUAUUUAGAUUUAUAUUUAAUUCAUUGGCCAAUUGCGUUUGAAAAUUCAAAUCCAUUAGGAUUGACAAUUGAACCAUUAAGAGAUCAAAAUGGCAAUCCAAUAAUUGCACCAGUAUCAAUUCGUGAAACUUGGCAAGAAAUGGAAAAACUAGUUGAACUUGGUUUAGUAAAAUCUAUUGGUGUUUCAAAUUUUAAUGUUCAAAAUUUAGUUGAUCUUUUAACAUAUGCAAAAAUUAAACCAGUUGUAAAUCAAGUUGAAAUUCAUCCAUACUUAACUCAAUUUAAAUUACAAGAAUAUUGUGAUAAAUAUGAAAUUAAAUUAGUUGCAUAUAGUCCAUUAGGCCAAGGUAAAUGUGAUUUUUUUAGUAAUAAAAUCCUAAAAUCAAUAGCUGGUAAAUAUAAAAAAUCAGUUGCAAAUGUUAUUUUUAAAUGGUUAAAUCAAAGAGGUAUUGCAGCUAUUCCAAAAUCUGGAAAUCAUUCUCGUAUCAUUGAAAAUUUCAAUAUUUUUGACUUCCAAUUAUCAAAUGAUGAUAUUGAAAAAAUUAAUUCAUUAAAUGCAAAUAUUCGUACUUGCUCUCCUAUCACUUUUUUUGGAACACCAUUUUAUUUAUUUGACUGA